AUGCGCUUGACAUCCUUCAUUGGCAAGCCAAUGCCACGAUUGGACAAGCGAGCGGACUCGAGCAUCCCACUGUACUCGAUCGAUGGCUUCUAUGAAGCUCCAGCUGUGGGACUCGCUGCACUCAUCCUUUGGGCAUUCGGCACCUACCGCAAAGCACCUGGCCGCUCCGCGCCUGCAUCCAGCGAUCAAGAGUUUGCCUCAUGUCAUCCACACAUGGCACCUAACGAAAAGUCCCACGAGCGUGAAAAUACCACUACACUCCUCGACAGAAUGAGCAUUUUGGUCACCAACAAUAGAGACCUGCUGGCUAUUGUGCUGACGGCAGACCAGUCUUCACUCACGCGCUGGACGCCACCACCAUUCCUGCUCACCCAACUUGCACAAGAAGAAGAAGAAGACAAUGACAGCGACAAGAGCAUCAGCACGUCUGGCGGCGCUUGCAAUCCAAAACCUCAUCGUCCGGCCCGCCUGAUCGGCCCAGCACGCCUUGCCGACACGGCGGCAGCAAGGUCCGUGCUUCGGACACCAGUGGCUUCGGCCAAGAAAGAGACAGCAAAGAAGCCGCGCCGUGAGCGAGACUUCUUCACCUCGACACCACACUACCAUCCGCCUCACUCGCUCAUGGAGGCCACACCAGCCAUGCUGCGCGAUGACUUCGCCGCCAUUUUCGGAGACGCCGACAGAGUCGAAGCGACUCUCAUCAAGAAGGAGCCCGCGGUUGACUCGCUCGGCCAGAUCGCGCAUGGCAGCCACGCGCGCGCGAAAGAAGAGAAGGCCAAGCGCCUUGAAGACUUCAAGAAGAAGCAAAACCGUCGCAAGACCAGCAGCCGCAAGGACGAUGGCGCACGCGGUCGGCAGCAGGUGCAGCUCAAGGGCGACAACUGGGUCCUCUUCGACGUUGUUCGCGGCUACCCACCAACACUCGAAUCAGAGCCACCAGCAAUCUUCACCAAGUACGAGCGCUUUGAGCCAGGUAAUCGCAAGAUCGUCGCAUACAAUCUCGAGUCAUUCUCUGUGGGUCUGAAAACCACCCCACCGCAUUUCGAGGGCUGCGAGGUACAGUACGCCAAAGCCGGACCAAAGCUCGUCAAGAUCUCGAAGGGCAAGGAGGCGGCAGAUACAGCUACACCAUGA